AUGCAAACGCUCAAAGACCUAACGAGUUCACUGCAUGACAGCGCAAGCCUGCAGCGAUUGCGGGACAAUUUGAAUGAGCUUCCGAAAAGGUGGUUGGCCCGAGUUGAGCAGCCAGAGGACUACCUUCUGGGCAGUGUGCGUGGCGAAUGCAACUAUCACUUCAAGUUCCGUUUAGAAGGUGGCGGCUAUUUCCAGACCGGUGUGCUGGUGGCGUCCGCAGAGGCGAGCCCUGGAGGGCUCCCGGCCUCCGCCUCGGUUUCCAUGAUGAGCAGCGUAGCAGAAGACCAAAUGCUCCAAGCCGCUAAGCUAUUGAUACCAUGUGCCGCCGAGGUGCGAUUCCCUGCGAAGGGCUUCAAACACCUCCUCUGCACCCAGGCCAGGCUAGCUUUGAAGCCUUUGGAAACCUGGGAAGAGGUGGAGCUGCACCGACCAAAGGCUCCCACGCUUGAAGGCUACGUCCGACCUGUUGGGGCUCCCGAACAGCUAGAUAUUCCAAGGGAGCAGUACCACCAGUUUAUGAUGGGGAAGCCAGCAAGAUAUUCAGUUGAGCUCAGGAAUUUUCUUAUGGGACUCGGCGUUGUCAGCUUUUGCUUCGCAGAGUUUGCCUUCACUGUGUACAAGCUGCGGCCGGAUGACCUCGACUGGGUCGAUGAAGAGCGGAAGCGAGCCGCAGCAGCCAAAGCCAGGAUCGAGGCACGCAUCGCCAAGCAAGAGUCCGAAGGCUCCAGUGAGUGA